UUGAAAACAAAGGGAGGGACGUGAAUAUUAGCAGAACAGAAUUAGAAUAGAAAGAUAGAAAAGAAAAGCCAGAGCUUACUACCCUAGAUUAGCUCUCCCAAUCAAAACCAAUCAUGGCAAUAGAAGAAGAAGGGAAGCACAAGAACCAAAACCAACAAACAUGGGGUACGUGGGAAGAACUAUUGUUAGCAAGUGCCGUCAAGCGUCAUGGUUUCAAGAACUGGGAUUCUGUUUCUUUAGAAAUUCAAACCAAAACCUCUCUUCCUCUUGUCUUAACCACCCCGGAAAAUUGUCAGCAAAAAUACAACGACCUCAACCAUAGAUUCAACACCAACAACAAGCUCCAUCACCAUACCCGUAAACCACCGGAUUUUCAAGAACAACACAACAACAUUAACACUGCUGACAAUAGUAAUACUACCAAUAAGCAUGUUAACAUUCCCUGGCUUGAAGAACUCCGACAACUCCGUGUAGCGGAGCUGAAACAAGAGGUCCAACGAUACGAUGUUUCCAUCCUUUCUUUGCAAUUGAAGGUGAAGAGAUUGGAGGAAGAGCGGGAGAGAAGCGUUCAAGGAGGAGAUAGCAAUACACAGAAAUCAGAUCUGAAGGAAGAGAGACCGGAGAUCGAGAAGGAACAUGAAUCAGGGAAACCGGUUUCCGUUUCCGGCGAGGAGUCGGACUGGGAGAACCGAUCGGUGAAUGAGUCGAAUUCGACCGGGACGGGAGGGAAGGGUGGAGGAGAAGAUGCGGUGGGGGAAUUGGAGAAGCUGGAGCCGGUUCGGAGCGGGUCGGGCGAACCGGAUCCGGUUAUGAGCGGGUCGAAUAGGAAAGAGAUGGAGGAGGGGGGUGGCGGUGGUGGUGAUGGAGGGGAGGAGUCGUGUGAGGUGGGUGACUCGGUGAAUCAGCUGAGCAGUGAGUCGUUGAGUUCGGGGAGGAAGAGGAAAGGGAGGGAGAGCAAGGAGUUUUCAGUAACAGGCGGUGACGAAACGGUGGUUGUUUGUUCGGUGAAAUCUGAGCCGUUGGUUGGGUUCUUAGAGAUGAUUAGGGCCCACAAAAAUGGUUCUCUAUUUGAAAGCCUGCUUGAAAACCAGGAAAUGGAUGUGUAUAAAGACAUGAUCCGGCAGCAUAUGGACUUGGAAGCAAUACAAACAAAGUUGGAACAAGGUUCCUACUCUUCUUCAAGUCUUUUGUUCUUCCGAGAUCUUUUGCUUCUCUUCAACAAUGCUUUAGUUUUCUUUCCCAAACACUCUGUUCAAUCACUCGCCGCCCAUGAACUCCGAUCCCUAGUGUCAAAUGAAAUGAGAAAAGAAACCCACAGCUCUGAUUCCUCUGUAAUGCCAGAAAAUAUCCCACCUCAACCGAAAAGCGAACUUGAAAGAUCAGAUUCAUUGCUCGCUAAACACAAGUCUUCAAUUCCUGUUAUAGUCUGUCGUAAACGUAGUUCAAUAUCUGUCAAGCCUUCCUCAUCUAGCUUAGGGCAAAAGAUUGAGCAGCAGCAACAACAAAGCAAUGAGAACAAAUCGGUUAAUGAUCUGAAACCGCCUACUGUUGAGCAGGGUUUACUAAAGAAGAAAUCUGACGAGAAGCCUGUAACUGGUGCAAGAAGUACACGGAGAGGCAAGAAGAAUCUUGCGAAAGGUUCCAGUCCUCCAAGCAAGAAGCAAAAUACAAGCCCUGACUCAAAAGCUGUUGUACCCGAUAAGCCUGAAACUCCUAAAAUCGAAAAGAAGAAAGGUGAGGCAUUAACAUUGGAGAAGAAAAAAAGCGCAGUUGAUUUCCUGAAGAGAAUAAAGAAGAAUUCUCCUGCAGAGACACCAAAGAAGAAUAGUAGAGUGGCUAGUAAUGGUGGUGGAGAGCGCAAGAAGGAAGGAAGUGGUGGGAAAGGAGAGACAGGAAAGGAUAGAGUGUUGAGGAAAAGUAGUGAGAAAAAACCGGGAAAGCAGGAGAGUAGUCCCGCUAAGAGGAACGUUGGGAGGCCAUCAAAGAAGGCAGCAGAGGUGAGUAGGGUUUCAGGAAAGCGUGGGAGGGACAUUGGCGGAAAGGAGGCGGCGAAGAAGCCAAGAAAGCGGUCUAGGAGGUAAACAUUGGUAAUAAAUGGCUGCUAUGGCUUCUUCUGUAUAUUAUGUAGUGUAGUGUAGUGUUUGACCACUCGAUCUGUUAGCGGGUAUUUGAUCUUUUAGUCACUGUAACAUUGUAUCAACUCUGAUUCUUUUUAUACUUAGUAUUAGUGGAAUUGAAAAGCAUAAUUUGUUUUUCCA